UUGGCUCGCAGCGUACACCCUGUUGACCGCCCGAGGAGGGGGCAGUGCGUCAAUGUUCGCAGCCAUUGCCCGUUAUUCCAUUUUGGGCGCUUUGUGUUCGUGCCAUGUUGAGUCUCUCGCCGUCGAGCCAUGGUUCUCAUCUUCGCACGGGCCGAACGGCGCAAUCAUGAACUUCAGCGAAGCGGGCCUGUGCUACGCCGCGGGGCGCGGUGUGGCGCCUCUGCAGCGCGCGGUGGAGGACAAUUGGGAGCGGAUCCGGACGAACGUCGAGCGAGGCAGACAGCAGGCGGAGAACAUGAGGGUCAUUUUUGCCGGUCUCAUUCGCAACGCCGAGGAAUCCGUAUUCCGAAGCUACGCCAUGCUGAAGAGAUUGGGCCGACAGUUUAGAGACUACCACUUCAUUUUAUUCGAGAACGACUCGACCGAUGAUACAGCCAAAGCCAUGAAGGAGAUUGCUCAGAGGGACUCGAAGUACGAGUUUCAGACAGAAGUGCUGUCAAUGGGAGAUGAACGAGGCCUCGAGGCAUCUCGAAUGGAACGGAUGGCGACUCUGCGGAACAAAGUGCAUGAUUUGGUAGACGCGUUCGUGCGCAGGAGUCCUGGUUGGGACUUACUCGUGAUGUACGAUUUCGACCUGAACCUAAUUGGGCCGGAUGUCCUCUCGCCCCAUGUGUUUUUCGGCGCACUGGGACGCCAGGAGAGUCUGGACAAUGGUUGGGACAUGUUGUGUGCCAACGGCCUUGCUCGCUCCUGCGGGCCCCCUACCUGCAAGUACGGCAUGCACGAUGUCAUCGCGUUCCGUGGGCGGCACAACAGUUCGUGGUCCUUUGACAUCGCGAGCGUUAUGUUCGACCAGUACGAGUUGGUGCCCGUGGACUCGUGCUUUGGUGGCCAGGGGCUCUUGUUUCGGGCAUAGCCAGGACCGUGGGGGCAAGGGGACCCGGUUAGCAAUAUGGCAGUGAAGCCCCUAAAUAAGCCAGAAUCACUAAACCAGUUCUGCCGUAGGUCGUCUUUUUUCGGGUGACGGCAGUUCCGGUUAGUGGAGCGGGGCGGGGGGGGCGUCCCCCAGUACACAUCAUUAAACCAGGUCCCACGAAACCCAGUUCUGCCAACGCCCGAUUGCUGCACCCACCGCUGUCCGCCAAGCCCGCCGUCUGUCUGGCGCGGGGACCUCUCCAUGACCGCCGCCUGGGGGAUCGACCCUUGGGGGCCCGGGCAGGCGGUGGAUAUGGAUGGGAGCAGGAACUGGGGCUGAGAGUGUCGCUCUGCCGGGUCCGGCCCGCCACAUUUCGGCGCGACACGCCAUCCGCGUCCUUGCUCCGAACGACAGCGUGCCGAGCCCUUCCCGGACUGGGGUCGACGUUCGCGCGGCGAUGCUGAGGCGUCAGUCCGAGAUAAGUCCGACGUGAACUCGACGUGGAUCCGACGUGCAUCGGGUCUGCAGCUGCCGCGCGGGGCCUCCUGGCUUCGCUUCACAACGUGGGGCUGCGGGCGCUGGCCCGAGUCUCGACCACCACGCCAGGCAUGUCGGGGUCAGUGCUCGUUUCGAUGCCGCCGAUUCGAUUCGAUUCGACUCCGCUGGAUUCCGCUCCCGAUUCGAUUCGAUUUCGGAUUCCCAUGUGGGAUCCGAUUUCUCCCUGGAGGCCUAUGCUGGCCUGCCGAUGUCUGCCGAUCCGCCCUUUCCCGACCCGGCUGCCGACGUCCGCCGAUGCGGCCCACGCCGAUCGCCGAUCCGGCUGGCCCAUCCGAGAGUAUGGGCUCUCCGGCCGUGCCGCGGGGCAGCGCGCAGGGCUCGGCCGGGUGCCCCGCGGUGCUCCCUCCCCUCCCGCCCCGCCGCGGGCCUCGCCGGCGGCGAGACGCUGGGCCCGCGCGCGCACCAGCAGCCACCGCCGGCCGCUGUUCCCGGAGGGCCAGAUGCGAGGCCCUGCGAUCCUGGCGACUCUCGGUCUUUUCGAGCAAGGCGUUCUCGCUCAAUGUCGGGCCCCGGGGCCCUCACAGACCGACCCGGAAGGUUUCGCUGC